AUGGCAGACAAAUGGAAGCACACAGCUCUGCUUGUAAUUGACAUGCAGCAUGAUUUCGUGGAUGUGGAUGGUCCUAUGCCAGUCAGUGGAGGCAAAGCCAUAGUCCCAAAUGUAAUCAAGGCCGUUCAAAUCGCAAGGCAGCGUGGCAUGCUCGUAGUUUGGGUUGUGCGUGAACAUGACCCACUAGGAAGAGAUGUUGAGCUUUUCCGCCGGCACUUAUAUCCUGCUGGGAAGGUUGGUCCAACCGUUAAGGGUCAGUUUGGUGCUGAACUUGUUGAUGGGCUUGUGAUUCAAGAAGGGGAUUAUAAGUUGGUCAAGACCCGGUUUAGUGCAUUCUUUGCUACACAUCUUGAUUCAUUUCUUAAGGGUGCUGGAAUUGACAGUUUGGUUGUCACUGGUGUUCAGACUCCAAACUGCAUUAGGCAGACUGUGUUUGAUGGUGUAGCUUUGGAUUACAAAUCUGUUACAGUUGUUCUUGAUGCCACAGCUGCUGCUACACCUGAAGUACACGCUGUUGAGGUUGAUCUGGAUCCUGUUGAUAAAUUUUUGUCACGGAUUGGAAAUUGA